UGACCUCCCUCAAAAAGGCACAACACCCCAGGGACAGCUGGAACAGCAGAGGCACAGCAUGGUCUCCUCUUCGGAUCCUGUCACCAUGGAAAUCCCCCCCAAGAGCCCUGAUGGGAGUGAGAAGUCUCCUCAGUGCAAGGAGCUGCUGAGCAGUAACACAGGCAGCACCCUCUGCAGCAGCUCUCGCAGCGAGUCUGUCUGGACCAGUGCAUCCAGAAGCAAGUGGGAGAUUUACCACAAGCCCGUCAUCGUGGUGUCGGUGGGAGCAGCCGUCUUCCUCUUUGGGACGGUCAUCACCAGCCUGUCUUGCAUCCAAAUCAAGAACAGAAAGGUUUAUAAAAUGUGUGGCCCUGCUUUCCUGUCCUUGGGACUGAUGCUGCUGGUUUGUGGCCUGGUCUGGAUCCCCAUCAUCAGGAAGAAGCAGAAGCAGAGACAGAAGUCACAGUUUCUGCAGAGCCUCAAGUCCUUCUUCUUUAACCGCUGAGGGCAGCCCAGGACCUGCCUGGGAAGACACUUCUCCCCUCUACCCACCUCUGCCAGUUAGCCAUAGAAAGAAACAUCUUCUUGUACUCUCUUAGAGGAUUUCAUGCCACUUAAGUCUUUUC